AUGGCUAUCGCCGCCGCCCAACAAAGAACCUCUAUUUCGGCGCAAGGCACCCGAGAACCUGAAGAACGGCCAGCUCGCAGGUCCUCUUUCCGCGCCGUGAAACCAGUGAUGCCGUACGACGCGGCCGACGACGAGAAAAUGAUUAAGCUAGACUCGUCAUCUGCACCUGCGGUAGUGUCGCCUGCGUCCCAACCCGUUCUUAUACCCGAUGAAGAAAGGCGCAAUCGACGAAGAGGCUCCCAAUUACCCGACAUAAACGCGAUAAGAGCGUUAACUUCAGCUCAACCAGGAGCGGUAAAAGGUGGCCCUGCGGUCGCUGUUAGCAGAGUUGCUGCUGAAGAACGCGAAUUGCCUAGGCAGGGAAGCCUGGUCGAUGGGGAAGGUAUCAAGAUUGUUAUUCAUGACGUCGACAGUGAUCCUGCUCCACGAAUAAAUGCGAAGAGGAGGGUAAAGCUGAGACAUCCGGUUACGGAUAAGGGACACAGAACGCGUGGAUUUGGCAUGAAGGUGGUAGGCGGCAAGAUUGGAUCGGACGGGCGCACCUUCGCUUACAUUCUAUGGACUGUGUCGGGUGGCCCCGCCGAGAAAGCCGGAUUACAACAAGGCGAUAAGGUACUGGAAUGGUGCGGCGUGUCUCUGAUCGAUCGGAGUUUCGAGGAGAUACAACAAAUAAUCGAACAGACCGAUGACGUGGUAGAUUUGGUGGUAGAGCAUUCGACCGAAAUCACCGGAGAUAUGCUGGAUGAUCCGCAAGCCGGAAAAUCACCUACAAAUUUGGGUCUGCUGAUGGAAACCGAAACGGAGAAAGCGCCCUCGUCGCCGACGCGCAGGAAAUUGCCAAAGACGCCGGAACAAAUAGCGAAGGAGAGGCAGGUGAGCGGUCGAAUACAAAUCCAGGUUUCGUACGAGGCGGAACGCAAAGAAUUGAUUGUUUCGGUUUUUAUGGCCGACGACUUAUGUGCUCGAGAAGACACUGGAUUCGGCAUCUUACCGGAGGCUUUCGCUAAGCUUACCCUUGCUCCUCCAUCCGGCGAAGCAACUCCACUGAAAACUAUUGUAGCUGAGCCGACCCAAAAACCUAUCUGGAACGCUACAUUGUUCUUUACCGGAGUUGAUGGCGAGAGUCUGAUGGAACGUGCGAUCGAGGUGACUCUCUGGGAUUACUGUCCCGAUAGCGAUAAUGUGUUUCUUGGCGAGUGCACUGUCGAUGUUCAGCGAGCGCUUGAAAAUGAUAGAGCGGUUUGGUAUCGAUUGGAAGAUACACGUGGACUUCGAACGGGCAAAUCGCCGUAUUGCUCUCCACGCGGCUCGGUAUCUAUGGACGUCGCCCAGAGACUGUUUAGGAAGGAGCUGCGGGAUCGGAGUUACAGUGAUGAUACGCAGAGUGAUAGCGGUAGCCCGGAGUUCUGCUUCCUGCAUCCAGACCAUGCUUGGCACGCCAAUUCCAGACGCGGUUCCAGCCAGUCCGAGCAACUCGAGGUUGAGCCCUACGAGCUCAACCGGGAUUACAGCAGAUCCCUGCCGGGUAGCCGCAGAAGCAGCUUCCAAAGUCAGGGUGGCACCGAUAGUAAACGUGGAAGCAUGGGUGAAGCCGAUAUGCCUGCUGUAGUGAACUAUAAUCGCGAUCGGCGGCGAAGUUCGUUCACCAGACCGAUGAGGGAUCCUGAGGAGAUCCUGGAAGGUCUGCGGGCGUUGAAGGCGACUAAGGGUGAACUCAAUAGGACCAUGAGCCUCUCCGGUGACAAAAGACGCGGCAGCCAAAAUGAUGAUCGAAAAGAUAUUUUUCAACUUGUAGGGCGGGGUGAGCGCAAAGACAGCGUUAUGGAGAUUCCUGAGAGAUUUUACGAUCGAAAUAGCGAAUCUGACGAAGACGAGAAAUGGAGUCAGUCGGCGAGAAAUGAAAAUGGCGUCGAUUUGAAACUGGGUCGCGGACAGUUGCUGCCGAAAGGAUUUAAAAUAAACAGUGGCGCACAGAACGGCGAAGUACAGCUGGGUUUCUAUCUGUGCAAGGGAACUCUCGAGGUCGAAGUUAUCUGUGCGAGGGAUAUUUGUCCCGAGGAGAAAGAGGAGCCAGACACUUACGUGAAGACGUACUUACGAGAACGAGACGGCGACAAGUGGCUGCAGAAGCGCAAGACCCGCGUGGUGCGACACUCGAAGACUCCGCAGUAUCGGCAGACGCUGAAAUACGGACGCUGCGACACUCUGCAGGGCAGACACUUGCUGGUAAUGCUGUGGGAGAAGAAGCAAGCCUUCGAGAGCAACCAGGGGCUGGGCGGCGCCGAAGUGGAUCUCGAUCUGCUGCCACCGAAGGAAUUCAUCUUCGAUUGGUAUCCGCUCUUCCCGAUCCACACCCUCGGCACGCACAACGCGGAUUCACCAUGA